AAAGAUAUAUCAUAUACAUAAAUAAAUUAUUUACUUGUAUCAAUUGAGCAAACUUUGUUACUUAUUUUUGCUUAAUUACGCACAUCUGUGUUCGUAUAUGUUUUCUAUUUUAGUCGGACUUGUAAAUUGGUGGAAAUGUACUUUACUUGUUACGUAUGAUCUCGAGUUGAUCUCUAAUUUUAAAUCUUACGCUGUUGGUUCACUUGCUUUAAACUUAAACAUUGUUAAAUGAACAUUAUUACAUAGAUAUAAAACGAUGAAAAUCAUUGAAAUUGUUGCUAACCCAAAUCCAACUUCAAAGUAUAAAGAAUCAUAUUCAGAAAAAUAUGGGAAAUAUUUAGUAGCUGCAAAAAAGCUUGCAGCUGGUGAAGUUAUUAUACGUGAAAAGCCAGUUGCUGUAGGAGCUGCAUCAUUCAAUAAUACUUGUUUAUGUUUUGCUUGUUUACGAGUGAUACCAGAAUCUCCAACAGCUAAAUUUGAAGUUGUAUGUUCUGGAUGUAAUAUUGCAAUUUUUUGCAGCACUAAUUGUGAGAAUGAAUUAUAUCAUUCAGCUGAAGAAUGUCAGUUAUUCAAAGAAAAAUUAACUCUAGAUGAUUUGAAAAAAUUUAACAUAAGAUCUAUUUUACUUCCACUUCGAUUGUUAUUGAUAAGAAAGCAAGAUGAAGAGUUAUGGCAAAAAGUAUUAAAGUUAGAAGCUCACUUAGAUGCGAGAAGAAAUACUCUAGUCUGGAAAGAACGUCAAGAAAACGUUGUUGAUGUUUUAAAAGCAUUUAAAUUAAUUGAUCAAUCUCAGACCUCAGAUGAGCUGAUUCAGCAACUCUGUGGAAUUUUAGAUGUCAAUUCUUUCGAACUGAGAUCUCCAGGGUGUCUAAGUAAUCCAGGAUUAUGUGGAAUAUAUAUCAUAGCUGCUUUAAUGGCUCAUGAUUGUAGAGGAAAUACAUUUCUUACAGUCGAUGAUGAGUUUCAGCUGACAAUUUAUGCUAGCAAGCCUAUCGAAGAAGGGGAACCAAUCUUCUUCAAUUACACAUCUUCAUUAGUAGGAACUGCUGCAAGACAGGCACAUCUCCUUCAAGGAAAAUAUUUCGAAUGUGAUUGCAAACUUUGUGAUGAUCCAGAGGAACUCGGAGCAAAUCUGAGUUCUCUGUUAUGUUCUAAAUGCAAACAAGGAAUUGUUAGAUUUGAAGGAAGAUCAAAAAGAAAUUUUUAUGCUCCUGAGAAGAAUUGGAAAUGUAAUAUGUGCGGACGAUUAUUAUCAGGCUGUUUAAUUAAAACAACUUUGGAGUUAACUAAAUUUAAAAUCGAUGAAUUAGAAAAUGGGAGUAUCAAGGAGUUGGAAAUACUGUUAAAGAAAUUAUUAUUAACUUUUCAUUCUAAUCAUUUUCUUGUGCUAGCAUUGAAACAGAAAUUAUUGGAGCUGUAUAGACAUGAAGUUACAAACUUGAAUCCUAAAAAACAAGCAUUAAUGAGAAUAAUUGAACUUUGUAAAGAAGUAUUGCAAGUUUUGGAGAUAGUUGAACCAGGACUUUCUCGACUGAAAGGUAUAAUGCUGUAUGAACUUCACUUACCAAUAAUGAUUCUCGCAGACCGAAAUUAUGUAGCACGAGAAAUAACUCUCGAAGAGAUGACAAAACGACUGGAAGAAGCAGAAAGUUAUUUGAAGAAGUCUUUGAGUAUGAUACUUUUAGAACCUGCUACAACUCCUGAAGGACGUCUAGCAAAAAGGGCUCUACAAGAUCUCAAAAAUCUUCGACAGAAUUUAGAAGAUGUUAGAUCACUGCCAUCAGCAAUAGCAACUAAUGUUUACUCAAAGAAUGAUAAAAAAACUAAAAUUAAAAAUAGAAAAUAAAUAAAAAUAGCUUUAUAUAAUUUUA